CUUUGCAUUUGCAUAAUAAAUGCAAGAACAUUUCCAGUAUCUUCAUCAUAUUCUUUUGUAACACGUCCUUUCAAUUAUGUCGUCCACCUUUUUCUUCCAUUUAAUCUUUUUUGGAGGAGUAUUGCAAUCUUGUAAGGCUGACGAGGGUGUGGAAUUCGGAGAUGGAAACGUAACAAAAAGCAUAAUUAAUCACCACACUUGCAUAUCCUCCAAGUCGGACACCAAGUUAUCCAAUCAAUCAACGAAAGAUGACAUUGCAGAACUGGCCAAAACUAUGCAAAAUGAAAUUGCAAAGCUAUCCAAAAAACUUGAACUUUUACAAAGCAAUGUUCAAUAUCUAAUAUCCAGCACCGAAAAUAAUAAUGCUGAUGGGCAACAAAUUGGGAAUCGAAGAACGCGGAGGUUUUUCAAAUUUUUACAGAGUAAGGUCCCAGAUUAUGUAGCAUCAGAUUACCGAUUGGGCAUUCUCAUAUCAGAAAUUAAGAAGACAAGCUUAAAUGAAUCAUGCAACUUUGUCGAUAAACUCCUCGCCGUUGAGAAAGACCAGUUCGCAGUCUUGGAGGACAUACAGCAUACAACUUCAAAAAUAUUGCGAACUGUUCGGUUUUUGGAGUUUAAAUCGUAAUCGUUAGAUACUUAUUUAUAUAGAUGUUUGUAAAUCUAUUGAUUUUAUUGAACAUAAAAUUUUAACACAAUUAUUUCUCAUUAUUAGACUGUGGGGUAUGUACAUAAAUUUAAAUUAGAUAAAUUAAUGCCUAAAUUAAUAUUUAUUAACCACAUAUAUAUGUAUAUCACAAAUGUAUGUUGACACUCUGACUAAUUUCUGUAUUUGAUUGUUAACGGAGAAGGUACUAAAUAUAUAAUUCUACCGAUUAGGAAACCAUUUAUCAUGGAAGGUAAUAUAUCUACAGAGGCUAAAUCCUGCUCAUCCCACGUUGUCAACGCUCUGGUAAUAAAAACAUUACCGACACCGUCGGUGUCGGUGUCGGUAACCUAACCCAACCAGGGUGCACUGACAAAUUAACUAAAUUAAAUAUCUGACCACCCGGGUGUUCCGAAAAUCACUGCACUGGCUGCAUGGCCACACUAGCCCGCACUGAUCCUAAAUAUAUUCAAAAUAUCAAGUCUUGCUUUCAGGAGUCAUUGGACCAACAGAGAAACAAAAGUACAAGCAGACAUACGAUCUUAUCAAGGGUUUUCCACUAAGGUUGCCAAAUCCUGAUACUCCGAAUUCGAAAAAGCCGGAUUUUUCGGAUUUCUAAUACUUCAAAAUCCGGAUUUUGUCAGAACAGAAUCCGGAUUUUGUUAAUUUACCAGCUCAUAUUUAUGUACGAUUAAGAUACAAAUCGUUGAGGAAAGUGUUGAUUAAAAAAAACUGCAUGUUAUUCAUCCCAGAUAGUUUCUUUUUCAUAUCUGACAUCAACACACUCAACUUCUUCAGAUUUCACACUUUUUCGGUGCAUCCACUUGAAAAUAUGCCCAGGACCAACCUACACACAUGGUCAGAAAAUCUUUAGAAAUAUCUAAAAAAUUGAAAAUACCUAAAACAAAAUCUGGGACUGCAAUUAAAUGUGAUAAUGGAACUGUUUGACAUCUACCCGAUUCGUUAAAAUAUCAAGGAAAUGCAUGAAACGAAUAAAGAAUUCAAAUCCGGAUUUGGGUAACGACGAAAACCGAUAAUCCGGAUUUGAAAAUUCGGAAUGGAUUUGACACCCCUAAUCUCCACCCUAAAUAAAUUUGUCUCCUUAAGCUGACUCACUUCUGACGAAAUGUUCCGAAAACUAAAACUUUCACCUAAAAUUAUCCAUGUGUUUUUGAACCUCCAUCACAUCAAUUAUGCACGGUCCCUCGUAUGAUACCUACUUCUGCACCAGAUUCAUCUUAAGCUCAAGUAAAUAAAAUCCUCCUUAGAUUAAAUGUUAUUCUUGUUUAAUUUUUAACUUGAUCAAACAUACGUACAUACAUCCUCACAGGAAACCAGAUUAUUUAGAAUGCCUGGUUUUCUUUUAAUCCAAAGCUGCAAUAUCAUUUCCAAGUAAUGGUUUACGUCAUGCAGCUGGAUUGGUGGUAAUAAAUACGAGAACAUUUUCAAUAUUUCUUAAUAUUCUUCAGUAACACAUAACCAUGAUUUGUUCCAACUUUAUCUUUCUCUCAAUAAUUUUGGGAGAAGUAUUACAAUCUUGCAAAGCGAUCGAGGGUUUCGAACUGGAAGAUGGGAAUGUACCAAAAAUCGAGAAUGCUCUCUUUGAACGCUUGGACACUAAGUUAUCCAAUCUACCAACCAAACAUGACAUUGCAGCGCUGGACAAAACUGGCCAAAUAUUGAAAAACGAAUUGGCAACGCUAUCCAAAAAGCUGGAUCGGUUACAAGGAGAUUUCGAAUAUUUGAAGUCCAGGACCGAUAUAAAUGAUAAUCAUGGAUAUGAAAAUAACAAUCGAAGGAUAAGGAGGUCCAUCAAAGUCCCAGAUUUCGUAGCAUCGGACUACAGAUUGGGCAUACUCAUAUCAGAAAUUCAGAAUACAAGCUUACACGAAUCAUGCAAAUUUGUUGAACAACUCGUAGCUGUGGAGAAAGACCAGUUUGCAAUCUUAGAGGAGAUAAGGAACACAACUUCAGAAAUUUUGCAGACUAAAAAUUUGUCAUCACCUGGAUCGUCAAAAUCAUACCUAAACAAUACAAAUCCAAGCAUCAGUCCGAUCAAUACAGUUGGAACUACAAAACCUAGAAAUCGGCAGCAGACUACGACGACAGUUCGGUUAUACUCCGGGGACCCUAAUUAUGCGAAGGUCUUCACCCACCCCGUCAAAAAGUGAGGUCACGGAUUUUAACAAAGAUUGGGAAGCGUAUGAAAAUGGAUUUGGAAAUCACCAAGGAGAUUUUUGGCUUGGUUCGAAAUUUUAAAAAGAAACGAAUUUCCACCAGGCCCGUCAUAUACAUAUUCAAGUUAACUUUAAUCAGGUUUGAAAGCAAUUCAUCAACUCACCGUGGAAGGGAAUACGCAUCUACGCGUGGAUGUAGAGGACUUCGCCGGGGUAAAGAAAUACGCGAUAUAUGACGUCUUUAAAGUUGCUGGUGCCUCGGAUAAGUACAGGUUAACGAUUGAUGGCUAUUCAGGAACGGCAGGGGAUUGCUUCAUCUACAAUCGUGGACUGGAAUUUAAUGCGUAUUCUGCCGAUAAUGACGAACUUUUGAACAUUUGCCCAACUUUGACUAGCUUUGGCUGGUGGCAUGACGAUUCCUCUUGCUCGUAUAUAUUCACCAACUCUGAUUAUAGUAAUUCAAGCAACGAUGAAAAGCCAGAGUUAGUCAGGCUUUGGUAUUACGCGGCUGGUUCAUCGUAUGCCAUUAACACGGCUGAAAUGACGAUUCGGAGCGAGGUAAUGAUGAAGACUGGUGGGUAAUAAUAGAUAAUGUGGAAGAAAGCACAAAUCGGUUAAAGGUGUACAAUAAUUUUGUGCUGCUCUGCUUACCACAUUAUAUGUACGACCUAUUCUGUAAAUAUUUACGUCAUAAAUAUGUAAGUACUUGAUCAGUUUAAUAAAAAAAUUUAUCUUUAACGUUGA